AUGAUGAGGGUUCCCGCGAUCAUUCAGACUGAAGAGAAGCUCCUCAGGCCCAGUCAUCCAGUCUUCGUCUCCCAGCCCACAACCUUCCCCUUCCCAACAACACCAACCACAACCGCCAAGAUGCAGUUCUCCGUUGUCCUUGUCUCCCUCUUCGCCCUGGCCGUCUCCGCCGCCCCCGCCGAGAUCCAGAAGCGCUCCACCACCUGCGGCAGCACCACCUACACCACCGCCCAGGUCAACGCCGCCUCCAACGCCGCCUGCACCCACGUCAAGGCCGGCACCGUCGCCGGCAGCUCCACCUACCCCCACCGCUACAACAACUACGAGGGCUUCGACUUUGACGUCACCGGCCCGUGGUACGAGUUCCCUAUCAAGACCAGCGGCGUCUACACCGGAGGCUCCCCCGGUGCCGACCGUGUCGUCAUCAAUGCUUCUUGCGGCCAGGCUGGCCAGAUCACCCACACUGGCGCCAGCGGCAACAACUUCGUCGGCUGCUCCGGUACCUCCUAA